UUCUUUUUGAAUAGUUUUCGGCUUGUUUAUGUUUGUUUAUGAAAAUAAGAAAUAAAAGUACAAAUAAAUCAUAGUAAACUAUGCUACCAUUUCGGAAUUAUGGAGAAACAAUUGAUGAAUACGAAGUACAGCACCUGCUGGGCAAAGGAGGCUUCGCUUGUGUCUACAAGGCAAAAUGUCUGCGCACUCAGCAAAAUGUCGCCAUCAAAAUGAUUGACAAGAAACUAAUACAGGGCUCGGGCUUGUCGAGUCGAGUUAGGCAAGAGGUGGAAAUCCAUUCCCGCCUGAAGCAUCCAUCUGUGCUGCAGCUGCACACGUUCUUCCAGGACGGCAACUAUGUGUAUCUGGUGCUGGAGCUGGCCGACAACGGUGAACUGCAUCGCUAUAUGAACCAGCAGAUGAAGCGCCCCUUCACCGAGCAGGAGGCGUCCUCCAUUCUGCGCCAGGUGGUGGAUGGUCUGCUCUAUUUGCACUCGCACAACAUUAUGCAUCGUGAUAUAUCGCUAUCGAAUCUACUGCUCAGCAGAGAUAUGCAUGUGAAAAUAGCUGACUUUGGCCUGGCGACACAGCUGAAAAGGCCCGACGAGAGGCACAUGACCAUGUGUGGCACGCCAAACUACAUAUCACCGGAGGUGGUCUCCCACAUGUCACACGGCCUGCCCGCUGAUCUGUGGAGCGUUGGCUGUAUGCUGUACACACUCCUGGUGGGUCGACCGCCAUUCGACACUGAUGCCGUACAGUCAACUCUCAAUAAAGUGGUUCUCUCCGACUAUACGAUGCCCAGCCAUUUAUCUUACGAGGCACGGGAUUUAAUCGAAAAGCUAUUGCGGAAGAAUCCACAUGAGCGUAUCUCAUUGGAGCAAGUGCUUCGGCAUCCAUUCAUGGUGAAGGCCGGUGGUGGCAGCAUAAUAUCCUACACAACAACGCCAGGCGCAUCCGAUGGCUAUGGACAGAGUAUCGCCAGUGGCGAUAGCGGAAUCGUCACAUUUGCUAGCAAUGAUUCAAAAAACUCGCAGCGGCACAUGCUGCCACAGAUUCAGGAAGAGUUUGGCUAUUACCAGGAGCAGCGCAAGAAUUAUGCACCACAUCCAGUGUAUCGACAAAGUUCAGCAGAGCCGCUGAACAGCACAGAAAUGGAAUGGCAGAGAAUUGGCCAGAGUAAUGGUCACUUCUUGGCGCAUUCCACACCAGCGACUGGUGGACAAGUUGCCGCAAAAAAGAAUAAUGCUGAAUGUAUCUCGAUGCCUCCGUUAAACACUCUCCGCUUGCAACCGACGCGCUACAAGACAAAGAAUGCCAUCAUGAGCAUUAUGGCAAAUGGCGAAGUUGUCAUCGAGUUUAUCAAGUGCAAAAGUAAAAUGAACGAAGAUCGAAUUGUGGAUAUUUGUCGCAUAUCGGGGGAUGGACGUCGCAUUAUAAUCUACCAACCAGAUCCAGGACGAGGUCUGCCCAUACGGGAUCAACCAUCAGCAGUUCAACCCGAAAAUUAUGCCUACAACUAUGACAAUUUGCCCAGCAAACAUUGGAAGAAAUACGUCUAUGCAGCUCGAUUUGUGAGCCUGGUGAAGAGUAAAACACCGAAGGUGACCUACUUUAGCGGCUUGGCAAAAUGCCAUCUGAUGGAGAACAUGGCCGAUUUCGAGAUGUGCUACUACUCGGGUGCCAAGCUCACCAAAUCACCCACUGAUGCUGUCAAGCUGUACAAUAAGCAUGGACUACUGAUCACCGAUCAGACAAGUGGCGAAGCAAUGCGUUGGAUUGAACACAGCAAUGAGUGCUUCGCCCACUGCUUGAGCAUUUGUAAUGCAUUGGAACUCGCCCAAACGGGCAGCAAUACAUGUUUUCCUGUCACGAUUGGCAGGCGACCCACUCCUGAAGUGAUGCCCAGCCAGCAACGUGCUGACGGACUGCGGGAUACAACAAAUUUUGCAUACUCCACGCCAAAAUCGCAACAGGGCUCAAUAAACUUUUCCAUUAGCACGAUUUCAUCGAUGCGCAGUGGCAACGAUCUGAUUGGAUCUCAGCUUUUGGCAGCCCAGCAAAAUGUGCCGAUUAAGCGAUUGAAUGUGCCGGGCGUAGGCACUGCCACAGAACUGUCCCAUGGGAUUGUGCAAGUACAAUUCUAUGAUGGAUCAGUGAUCUCCAUUAUACCCGAAACGCAGGGAGGCGGCAUAACAUACACGCAGUCCAGUGGACUAUCCACACACUUUCCCGACCACGACGACCUACCGAUAGCGGUUAGGGAUCGGCUCUCGCAACUCCCCCAGGUGCAGAUGAAGCUGAAAUCUGCUCCCCUCAUUGGCAGCAAGAAAUUUGACUGCAAAACGACGACGGAAUCUGCUCCUUGGCACAAUCGCAUGCUAAUCUAGAGGGAAUCCCCCUUAGCACUAGUAGUAGUUGUAGUCUUUAUUUAAGAGAAAAGUUAAAUGCAUUCUUAAACUUCAUUUGAAUAUAAAUAUAUAUAUAUUUUAUAUUACUUAUCAA